CACAAAACUCUCAUCUUCCCCCAAGAUCCCUCCAAACGACGAAGAGCAAUGUCCCCACCAACGUCGCUCUACAAAACCCUUUUUCUUUCUCUUCCAAACACCCGCCGUUUCAAUUCCAUUCCUUCCUCUCCAACCACCCAAACACUCCAAGACUCCAUCAGAACAGCAAUCGAAACCAAGAACUUCCAUCAGAUUCUCCACCUCCUCUCUUCCUCAAAAUGCCCAAAACCCCCUCACAAAAUUCCAGAAAACCCCUUCUCCUUCCUCUCUUCUUUCCCACAACCCCUCCAAACCCAAAUCAUCGACGAAAUCCUCCAAUCUUUCAUCCCUCUCCGCCCCCGCUCUCUCCCUUUUCCUGCCUACUCUCUCCUUCUCUCCUAUACCCUCCAGAAAUCCCCAAUUUCCCUCCCUCUAUCCCUUGCUGUCCUCCAAUCAACCCUCCGAUCUGGCUGCCCUCCCGCCCUGCAGACCCGCCUCUCCCUCUCCGUCGCCUGGCUCGACUGCCGUCGCAGCGGGCACCGCAAAUCCGUCGCUCAGAUUCUCUCCGAGGUGCGCGCAAUUGGCUACUCUCCCGACCGCACCACCUGCAAUUACCUGCUGUCGUCGCUCUGCGCGGUCGACGAGCUGGCCGAGGCGGUGGCGAUCCUCAGGGAUAUGCGCGGUGCCGGGUGCGAGCCCGACUCGGAGAGCUACGGGGCGGUGAUCGCCGCAGCAUGCGAGGCGAGGCGGACGGACGCGGCGGCUGAGCUGGUGAGGGAGAUGGUGGCGGAGCUAAGGCUGACGCCGAGGCAGGGGACGGUGGUGCGCAUCGUGGCAGCGAUGCGAGCGAAUCGGGAGGUUCUGCGGGCCGCGGAGAUGGUGGAAUUCUUAGAGAGGGAGGGAUGCGGGGUGGGAUUCCAGAGCCAUGAAAUGGUUGUGGAAGGGUGUUUGGAGAGGAAGGAGUUUGUGGCUGCCGGGAAGGCGGUGAUGGAAAUGGCGGGGAGGGGAUUUAUACCAUAUAUCCAUGUGAGGCAGAAGGUGGUGGAGGGUCUUACUGUGAUCGGGGAGAGGGAUCUUGCAAGUGCUGUGAGGCGAAAGCUCGCUGAAUUGAGUUCGUAGCGAUUGCUUCCGGAGGUAGGCACCCGCAUCGAGAUUGUCGCUGUAGGUGAAUCAAUCUGGUUGUAGAUGACCUUGUGCGGAGC